CAAGUCUAGACCUCGGCCCAAUCCGAGCUCAAUUCCAUUCACACCCAUAGCGAUUCCGCCUUUCCUUCAUCCAAUCGCGAGGUCAGAGGUUGGAUGAAAUUUGAAUUCUGUAUUUAAUUUUUAUCUUUGCUCAAGUUGGGGGAAGGAAGGAUGGGAGCAGUGUGCGCAGGAGGAACUCAGAGGAAUAGGUCGGAGGUUCAUGAAGAGAGGAACUCAGUGGGCUCUAAGAAGCUCAAAUCUAUGAAGAGUUUCCUGAAAGAGGACAACAAUGUUGAAUCUGCUGAAUAUCUACUAGAUGAGGGGACGACCGGGAGUGCCCGUGAUUAUAAUGACCAUCUCCAUGAUUCUGUUGAAUUCCCCCUGUCCAUCUCUAGAGAGUUGAAGCCUUCAACUCCUGCCAGGAUCAGAACUAGUACCAAGGCACCUCACGUUGGUUCUUUUCUUGGUAAGGCUAGCACAGUUGGCCUAGAUAUGGCAGUGGAGGUUCUAGAUACAUUAGGCAGCAGCAUGACAAAUUUGAACACCAUCGGAUUUAUUUCUAGGACGGGAUCAAGAGGGAACAGAAUAUCUAUACUAGCAUUUGAAGUUGCAAACACAAUCACUAAAGGUGCAAAUUUACUGCAUUCAUUAUCCGAAGAAAGUGUCCAGUAUUUGAAGCACGAAAUUCUACAUUCAAAAGGUGUGCAAGAGCUGGUUUCUACAGAUUCCAAUGAGCUUCUUGCUAUAGCUGCUGCUGACAAAAGGGAGGAAUUUGAAGUUUUCUCUCGUGAAGUAGUGAGGUUUGGAAAUCUGUGUAAAGAUCCACAGUGGCAUAACCUUGAUCGGUUCUUUUCAAAGUUGGAUUCUGAACCUCUAUCGGGUGUAAGUCACAAAAAACUCAGAGAGGAAGUUAAUACGACUAUGAAAGAACUUUGCACUCUUGCUCAGCAUACUUCUGAAUUGUAUCAUGAGUUGCAUGCCAUGGACCGGUUUGAACAAGAUUACCGAAGGAAAAUUGAGGAAUUAGAGUCUUUAAGUCUUCCCAAGAAAGGAGAGAGUGUAAUGAUGUUGCACAGUGAUGUUAAACAUCAAAGUAAAAUCGUGAGGGGAUUAAAAAAGAAAUCUCUUUGGUCCAAAAAUUUAGAAGAGGUAACCCCCCCCCUCCCCCACCAAAAAAAACAUUUUUUUUCUUGAACUAUAUCCAAGGAUGUGUCCUUCAGUUAUAUUUACUUGUUUUUUAGUCUUACUAGAAGUCUAUCUAGAACUUCCUCAAAGCUUGACAUAGGUGAUAGCAGAAAGCUUUUUAAUUGUAAACUUGCUACGGAGUAUGAAUGUGCAAUUAUCCACUUAGUGAUGCUAUACUUUCUCAUUGUGGGUUGUCGGUAAACUUGUUGAUACCG